CUUACCUCCCGGGAGUUGAGGAUCUUGGGAAACAAUUGGCACCACCCCCGCAGCAGCAGCAUCAGCAGGUUGGGCGGAACAAUUAUCGCGCGCGUCGCGUGUCUUCCCAAAGUCUGCCGCUACAACUCUCACCCUCGAAGAUCUUGACAGUGCCGCCGCCGCCGUCGAAGGGGGAAAAAAAGGUCAAACCCUAGAUGUUGUGAGAAGUUUCGUGUGUGUGUGUGUGCGCAGGGGGAAAAUGUUCCCCUUGGUGCAAUCAACUCGAGAGUCUACCAACAAGUGCGCGUUCGCGGUGAUCUGAUUCCAAAUAUCCAAGAGUCUCGCUCUCUCUAGCGAAGAAGCAAAAAUAAAAUUGUGUGUAAAUUGUGUGCAAGUGAUUCUGUAUGUGUGUGUGUAGGUGAAGAGUAACAAUGGAUCGGUGCAACGGCGGAACGCCGAGUUCAACUCCGGCAAACCCUAACAGCAGUAGCAGCAGCAACAACAACCCCGCAACAACUCCCAGCAGUACCAACAACAAUAACGGCAACACUGCCGCAGCAGCCGUCGCCGCCACAACUAGCAACAAUGGUGUGAAGUUGCGCCCUGUAUCGAGCGUUGACUCGGGCCCAUCGACGACCGUGUCGACGGCUAUUGGUGGCGGAGUUGGGGGUGCCGGCGCCUACCGGAGGUCGUUUCAUCGAUCCGGACCGGGCAGCGCUAGCGCGACGUCCGACUACAGUAUGUCAACGCUGGCGGAAUCAGUGCAGGACGAUCAGAUGAGCACCACAUCGAGCACGACGCCGCAUCCACCGCACCACCACCAUCUGCUGCACACGAACGGUUCCGGGCCGGGACACCACCACGGCGGCCAUCACCACCAUCACGGGCAUCACCUGCUGGCGGGCAGCGGUCACAACACCCCAGGGCUCCCCGGCAGCAACCUGACCCAGGCCGGCCUGGAGGAGUACAGCAGGUCGUACUACGAGCAAACCAUGUACCACCACCAGAAGCAGUCCUCGUACGCGCAGUCCGAGGGGUACCACAGCUACGUGUCCAGCUCGGACUCGAGCUCGACGCCGUUUCUCGAUCGAUUGCGUCAGGACAGUGAACUGCUGCUGUCCCGGUCGUCGCACAACUGGUCCCAGCAGGACCUGCAGCUGCAGCUGUCCGCGUCGAGCAACAGCAUCGCGGACAACAACAGCUCCGAGAGUACGUCCUCGACGGAGACGCUCAAGUGGCUCGGUUCGAUGAGUGACGUGUCGGAGGCGAGCCACGCGACCAGCAUGUCUGCGCUGUCGAGUGCAGGUUCCACAUCUCAGCUGAUCGCGCACAGUGCGCGGGUUCGAACGCCUCAGCGCCACAACUCAGAGAGCAUCCUGUUCAUGACGGCCGAAGAACAGCAGCAGCAGCAACUUCAACAGCAGCAACAGCUGUCUCAACUUGGUGGUUCCAGUCAUCAUUCCGCGUCCGGUGCGCCAAGUUCCGUGUCCCAGUCGAUGGGAUCGCUGCAUCACGUUCACGUGCACGGCCAUCACCAGCAGCAGCCGAAUCCGGUUUCACCGGGCUCGGCCGUCCAUCUGCACCAGAGCUCGUCCUCGUCCGGAUCAUCCGGUGGGUCACCGGUCGGGGAAGAUUUGCGCUUUCAGCACCGGACCACGUCCAACACGUCGCUGGCCUCGUCCGCGUCGGCACCGGCCGGGAGUGGCAAUAGUAACGGCGGUGGCAGCCUCAACGGCUCGGUCCGAUCUAGUCGUAGCAAUAAUCGGCUGUUUCCUAUCAGCACCUACACCGAGAUUCCUAGCAACGUUAGCGGUAACAGUAGCAGUAGUAGCAAUAUUAGCAACGGCGGGCCGACGACGCCCAGCGUCCAGCAGCCCCCGUCCAUGGUUGAUGGUUCCAAGCAACUCAGCCCCCACAACUGGCAAUCGGUGGCCGACCGAAUCAACGAGCUCGAGAAGCACACCGGCUCUUCGAACAACGCCUCCAACAGCAACCCCAUCCCGACCGCGGGUGUCAAAAAUCUAAGUCAUUCCUCCGGCGUAUCCACCCCCGUGUCCGCCAAACCCUCCCCCCAAAAGUACACCUUUUUCGAUCCGUCCAAAACGCACCGGGUGUCGAACCCCUCCCUCAAGGCGUUCCAGAAGAACGCCGUCAUCUCGUACUUUGAGCGCCAACAGGCGCACGCCCGCGAAAGCAGCCACAAUCUGUCCCGGCCAACGACGCUGAAUCUCGGCCAGCAGCAGCAGCCGAACUCCGGAUCGCCACCCUCGCUCAAAUCGGUCUCGCAACGUUCCUCGAUCUCCAGUGCGUACUCCUCGUCGGGCAGUACGAUGGAUCUGACGCCGUCCUCGCACCCCGGUGGAAUCUACCACCACCAUCCGAGUUUGCAGGCCAGUAUCGCCGUCCAGCAGCAGCUGGACAAGAUCGCCGCCAACAACCUGCGAAAUCAGCUAGCAUCCGUCCACACGAUGAACCUACUGAACAAAGUGCAAUCCCCGCAGCAGCAGCAACAGCUGGAAUCUCAAAUGAUCAGCAACGCCACGCUGAUCCUGGCCAACGCAACGAUGGACACCGACUGCAACGGGAACCCGGUGGAAGAUCAGCUGGACGUGAACGGGUCACCGCCGCCGCCACCUCCACGGUCGACGCGAUCGAUUGGGAUGGCCGGGAUCAAUAGUGCCGCGGCGGCGGCUGCAGCCGCCACGCACGCCGCACAUUUGGCGACCGUGAGGAGAACCUCCUCCGCAUCGGAAUACUCUUCCAUCCGUGAUAAAAUGAUCCAGCAGCGCCAGACGCUGUCCAAGGAUCUGUUCGGCCCGAUGAUCAUGGGCCCGACCAUCGCCCUGGACGACUGGGUCCCGGAACGCCCGCCCAAGAAUCCGAUGCUGCGAAUACCCAGCCCCGAACUGCCCCCUCCACCGAUGAUGAGUCCUACCGAGGACGUCCUCCUAAUCAACCAAGACGAACCACUGCCACCACCUCCGCCGGAGAUCCUGCGCCACAUCCGGCAGCUCAGCGACUCGGGCGAACCCAAAUCGAGCGCCGCCAGCCGACGGAACAGCUUCGCCGGCCAAACCAACAAGAAAUCUCUCUACCGAGCGUCAACCUUCGAGAAUCUCUCGCCACCCCCCUCGCAAGGUGGCCCCCCGCCCCAGCAACUGACCCAAAUCAGUCAACUCAUCAUUCCACCCGCCGUUCCUAAAAAGCCCCAACAAUCGGCGAUCGUCGUCGUUGAACCCCAGGUCAUGUACCGACGACCCUCCUCGAGCAUGUCCUCGAAACCCCAAUCGCAACCCCUCACCGCAAGUUCCUUACACCAAGCGCACCGCGUCCUGGUCAACGGCAAAUCGGCCGACCAACAGCCGCAGCAACGACACUCCCUGCCAAUGCCCCUGCAGCAAUCGAUCCCGCAACAACCCCAACAGCAGCAGCAGUUCGUCCCGCGCCAAUCGGACUCGCGCGUUUCGAUGCGCAAGCGGUCCCACAACUCGCAGCAGCUGCCGACGACCGCGAUGGAGUAUCAUCUGCUGAAGCAGCUGCAGGCGGCCCACAACGGUCAAAUGGUUCCUGUCUCGACGCCGGUGACGACGACGGCGGCAAAUGUGACGCCACCGCCGCCGUUGAAACCGCGCAUGCCGAUGCAGCCGCUGGACGUGGCGCUCAACGGAGCCGGACAGCUGAUCUCGAUGGGAAGCAAAAGUUGCACCGGUCGUCGCCAAGUUCAGGACUAUCGUGUUACGGAUUACAACAACAACAACAACGACAGCAGCUACGUCAGCAGCGAUGAAGACACCGACGACGAGGACGGAGACGAUCGGAGCUUUGUGGACUGCCGGAGGUGGGGACUGGCGAGUCCUGUCAGUACCAGUGGGUCAACGGCAUCGAUGGCGUCCUCGUCGUCCUCCUCCGCCUUUGGUAGCACCCCCCGCGAUUGGUUGACCUACUUCGGGUCCAAGUUGCACCUCCCGCCCAUGAAGAAGAGUUUGUUUCUGAUGAGUAACUCCAAGGCGUCGUACCUGCCGCGCCAGCAACCGCGGGACAAGCUCCACUCGGAUCCGGACCACGGCAGCUACAAGCUCACGCUGACGUCCAACGAGGACAGCAUCAACCACCACAGCGACGUCUUCCCGGAGGAGAUUAUCGCGACGCCGACCAAGUGCAACCUGCCGGACGUGCUGCCGCCCGGGGUCAAGUACUCGCUGUACUCGAACAACAACAAUAACAACAACAACAAUAAUAGCAGCAGCAAUGGCAAGAUGGGGAAGCAGUUGCCACCGCCGAAAACGGUUCCCCACAGCGCGCCAAUAAUCUCCGCCAAUAGCUUGAAGUCGAUGUUUAAUUUUACGCCGCAGCAGCCCCAGCAAAACCAGGUCACACCUCCGAGUGCCUCCUCGCCGGUGACCCCACCGCCGGCCUAUUCUACAGUGGCCGGUGGCGCGUCCAGUCAGCCCGGAAGCCCCACGAACCAUCAGCAGCAGCAGCAGGCAAUCAGCCCCAAAUACACCUCCCAGUCGACGUUCGAUCUGAAGAAGACGCAAAUUCUCGACUCCAAGUAUCUGAGCCAGAGCCCGGCCCAGAUUGGGCUGCCGCCGAUUCCACCACUACCAACAGCGCCGAACGAGUCGAUCAAUAAUACCAAUUAUCUCAAUCAGCACCACAGCGCCAGCAAUAGCUGCAGCACCAACUCCAACCAACAAACUGUAAAUAAUUGUAAUGAAUUUUCUGAAAAAGCCGAUAACUCUGAGCUGAGCACGGCGGCCAACACCAGCACAAGCACCGUUGAGCCUGCCGAAUCAAACUACCACAACACAACACAACCGCAGCAGCAGCAGUCUUCACCACCACCAUACUCCGAAUUGGACGACUCCACGUUGGUGGUGGCUCCCAAAGAGGAAGAAGAUCGGCCGACGAGCAGUAGCAGCAGCACCUCGACCAGUGCGGAAGCAAACCAGCACCAACACCAACAGUCGGAGACCACGUGCAGUAUCGGCGUCGAUUCUACCGUCACCACCCCCGUACUAGAGUGCGUCACCAAGGAGAUUACCCUGGACGAGCGGCCCUCCUCGCCGCCCAAGCUCCAACGAACGGAGAUCGUCCUCCGCGUCGCAGCCCCCACAACGGAAGCAUCCUCGCAAACCGACGACGACCUGGAAGCAGCAGCGUCCACCUCCCCAAGUCCCCGCUCCCCACGCUCUCCACCCGCAACCCUCUCCCUCGGCAUCUCCGAGCUCGUCCUCGACCAGGGUAACGUAACCCGUCACUCGGUAGCGACCUCAACGCCCGGUUCGCCCACCGGAUCGCCCCGCUCACCGCCCAGCACACCGACCGCCAACUGCGGCACCAAGAACUUCUUCAGCAAGGCAUGUACGGCGGCCCCGCGCAAGGUGCACCCCGAAGAAAUUGACUGUGAUAAGCUGUCGCACGAUCUGAUCCUGCAGCUGUCGCCGUCCGACAAGCUGCACACCAUACUGGCUCCCAAAACGUUCAAAUCGUCCUCCGACUAUGUUUCUGACCUGUUCAACAUCCAAAUAGCGCCCCGACCGAUGAAGAAGGAUGCCUCGACGGCGACGCCGGAAGCCAGCCCGCAAAAGAGCCCACUGGACAUUCUGACCACCAGUUCCACCUACUUCCAAGUGUCGGAACCGAAGGCCAAACUGAUGACGCGCUACAGCCGCGAGAUGACGCUGAUUAACGGCGACUGCUGUGAUCUGACCAAGAAGAAGGAGGAACUCGUCCAGCGCCUCGGCAAGAAGCUGCUGGUCCUCUCGAACGAGCAAACCAGCAUCGCCGAGGAGAGCAACGCGAACGACCUGCUCGGCGCGGACGUCGCCCUAAAGGUCGCCCAAAAGUGCCGCCCGUCGGACGCGUCCAAGUUCCGGUCGUACGUGGACGACGUCGGCUACAUCACGAUGCUGCUGCUCUCGCUGUCCGGCCGGCUGGCCCGCACCGACAACGCCCUGCACACGCUCGCCGCCGACGACUCGCACCCGGACAAGAAGAUCCUCGAAGCCAAACGGGACCGGCUGCUGGAGCAGCUGGACGAGGCCAAGCAGCUCAAGGACGACAUCGACCGGCGCGGUGCCAUCAUUUCCAAGGUGCUGGAGCGAUCGCUGACGAUCGAGGAGUACGCCGACUACGACUACUUCAUCAACAUGAAGGCGAAGCUGAUUGUGGACUCGCGCGAGAUCGCCGACAAGAUCAAACUGGGCGAGGAGCAGCUGGUGGCGCUCAAGGACACGCUCGUGCAGAGCGAGUGUUGACCCUCCCCUUGAGAGAGGGUAAUUUGUAAAAAGUCACACCUAGUUGAUAGAGAGCAGCGCAGUUAGUUAGCUUUAAGCUUGUUUUGUGUCGAUGGUUUUGUAGCCCUU